AUGGCUUUGUAUUUUUUGGGAUAUGAGUUGGAGGUAUUAGAGGAAAGACUUAGGCUAGUUGAGAGGCGGAUGGAAAGACGGAUGUUACGUGACACUCAAAAUCCAUAUGAACUGCCAAGAAGAGAAUUUAUGAAUGUGUUUCGUCUAAGUCCUGAAUUAUCCAUGGACUUAACCAAUACUCUUCGACCUUUCCUUCAACGUGAGCGAAACUCUGGAAUACCUGUGGAAAUUCAGGUAUUAGCGGCAGUUUAUGUCUAUGCGAAAGGUAGCUAUCAACGGGCUACUGGUGAACAUUUCGAUUUGAACAUUAGCUCUUAA